GUGUGUUGUUACAGCCUUCCAAUGGAGAUAAAAAAAGUAGUCAGAAGGUAUGAAACAAGAAAUAAAACAGCAGCAAGAGAGCUGUCAUCACCCAAAUCCCGAGUUGAUUGGAGACGCACUAAGAGGGAGCUCAUACUACUUGACAGCAAUGAUGAAUCUUCUGGUACCUCUGAGGAGGAAGAGCCUAGUACAUCAGAAGAUGAAGUAGAUGACGAAGAUGAAACUGCUGCGAACAACAGCCUUUCAGGUCAUGAAGAGAAAAGCCACACUGGGGAAGUAGCAGACAGUAGUGAGGAUGAGGAGUGCAUUGUGCCUGGAAAGCGCAAAAGGUUAAACUCAUCAGUCUUGUAUGACAGUGAUGAAAGCGAGGACAGUGAUAUACUUGUUAGAAAAGUUGCCAAGCGCCACUGUAUAAGAGAUGAAGAUGAAAAUUCCAGAGAGCUACAACCUGAUAACACCUGCUCUACAGAAAAUGGUUCUACUAAUAAGAAACAGAAAGUGUUUGCAAAACUGAAACAACUUGCAAGACAAAGAACAACCUGGAGAUCCGGCAGAAGUGAAAAUUGUGAGGAUUCUAAUAGUGAUGCAGAAAUAGAGGAGGAGCCAUUCUUUCACUUGCCCCUCAUACCCACAGAAGGCAGUGAAACUGACUGCAACAGCUUGAAAGAUUUUAUAGUGGAGGAAGAAGAUGAUGAUGGCAAUGAUGACACGGAGCAUGUAAUGGGUGAAAACAAGCCACAAAACAAGGAACUGACUGGAUCAAAUAGUUUGCUGGCAAACUAUGUCCCAAACUUAUCUCGCUGUGAUCAUUAUGUACACUUCAAAAGAAUAGUAAAGGCUUUCCUCAUAAAUGCAAUUGAUGACACUUUUCUGAGCUCAUUAUAUGAUGGAACAAGACAUAAGAAGUAUGCACAGGAUAUGUUGCUUUCACUUCAUUAUUUGGAUGACCGCUUCAUUCAGCCUCGUCUUGAGAACUUAGUCUCUGGAAGUCGCUGGAAAGAUCGAUACAAGGAGCGUGUGGAUUGUUACCCGAAUGUUCGCAUAACCUUGAAAAGUCCAAAAUACAUGUCUUGUCAUGCCUGUGAAUUGAAUCGUUAUUGUAAGUUUAAUGUGCUGCUCUCUGGAAAGCUUUAUGAUAGCAGAACACUGGAAACAGAUGACUUCAUGUCAGAUGACAAACAGGCAUUUUGUUCCAGAUCUGGGGUUUGUUUUAAGAGGGAUGUAAAAAAUAUGCUGCUGAGCUUCUUGGAAGAAAGCACCUCCAUCAGUGUAUAAAUCUUGUCUGUGGCAUCACCAGUUGGACUAAGACCGUGCCUCAAAUCAACAUCACUGAUUCCUAUUUCAUUAGGAAACCAAUACUCGAUUUGGCUUGGCAGGGGCUGACACAGUGUUUGUGUAGUCUUUCUUCAGCUUUGAUAUUGCCCUCACUGAGUGUCAUGGUUUAAGGAAGUACUUUAUGGUUGUUUUUUUACCUGAAGGGUUUCUGCAAGACAGAGACUGAAACACCAUAACACCACAUUUACAUUUGUCUUCACCACAGGAAACAAAAAGAUUGCUUAGAAGAACCAUACAUAUAAAACUGCAGAUCCAGUUUUCCAGGACAGGCUGUAAAUGGUGGUUAUACAGCACGCAGUGCAAAGGGGGCUAUUACCCCUAUAGAGUGUCUCUAUAUAGAAGUACUCAAUAUUUCUGGUAGAAAAAAAUCUGUGGCUUUCCAAUGAUGGAAGAAGUCAGAAAUCUGACUGGUCCUUCAUACUUCCUUUUCCACACUAGAGAAUUUGAUGGAGUUAGGGGGUGAGAGAACAUAACGUUUGUUCUGCUAGGCCAUUUUUAAUUGUCUUUAGUGUUAAUUUUUGAAGUAGUAGUUCUAAUUAAGAUAAAGUACCUGUCUUAAUGGAACAAUGAAGAGAGCUCAGUAGGUGAUUAGGCUUGGCAGGGGUGAUUAAUGGUCAUACUUGGAAAUUACUUUUGUUCCUGCAAUGUUUCGAUAACCUGCUCUAGUUGAAGUUCUGUAACCGGAGACUACUGUUAAUGGUAAAGUUCACAUGAGGUAUUUACGCAGAGGAUCAGGGUUACUAACGUGAUAUACUCCUGGGAGAGAAGGCUCUUCUCGGUCUAUGUUCUGUAUCCAGUUCUUCUAGUAAAAUAGGAAAAGUUUUCACUGUGUCUAUCAGUUUGGGGAAAGAAAGUCUUUGUGGAUCAAUAGCAGAUAGCUGUUACUGACAGUGAAGUCAUUGCCUGUUUCCCAAAGCAGCGUUUCUAGCAGUUUGUCAGGCAAUUGCAGGCAAUUCCCAUGCUUACCUCCUCUAGUUUGCUUUUAUUUGGAUACAGGGAGACCUGUAUUUUUCUCCUUUUUUAAGUCUGAAUAAACAGAGUGGGUGUGUUAGAUAAACAUGUGUAAAUACAAUACCAGUCCAGUGCACACAAAACAGGCUUCAUAAAGUUGACUUUCUGAUUCUCCUUUGAGAAAGAAGGAGUACCAAUUCCUAAUCUCUGUUUAGAGGUUAUACAGAAAGAAUGUAAGAAAGUAUGAUUUACCAGCCAAGGGAAUAAUGUGAGAAAUAUGUGAAAUGGUAUUGAAAGAACCUGAUAAUAACCCCCCAGUGGCUCCACUGCCCUCAAUUUUGGUAUUUUUCUAGGUAAAAAGUGAUGGUAUGGGGUCAUUUAGGUUAUUUUUCCCUGUUUAUUAAAUAGGAUGUAGACACAGUUUCUUUAGAUUGCUCCAGGGAUUAUAUUCUUAAUUAAAAAACUCGUGUGGGUGUAUGUGUGUAAAACAAGCCAUUAGAUUACUUAUUUCACAGUUUAAACAGAGCAAUAAUUGCAUGCACCUUGUGCCCAAAACUUAAGGACAAGAAAGCUUACUCAGGUGUAGUCAGACAGUCAGGCUCUGCCUCAAGGUUAAACAGGUCACCAGGGGAGCUGCCUGGCAGGUGAGCCUGCCUGGCUGGGAAUACCCCAGGAAAUACACAUACGUGUAACUGCAGUUGCUCGAAAGGGCCAAGAACCUGUGCAGAAAGGCAUAUAAUGGAUGUGGCUGAAACUGUAAAGGUCCAGUUUCCAAAAUCCUCCAUAGGACUGAUUAAGUAUGUGCCGUUCUGGUGGAGCUGAUACAACUUGGAAACGAUUUGAAACACAGAUGAAGAGGUGUAUGUAUACCUCGGUUGGAGCACAUACUCAAGUUCUUAAGCAACGCUGGUUCAUCACAGUCUCUUUGUUUUGGGAAGUUAUUAGCACAACGGGAUGUCUAUGGUGAGAAUUCCCGGCUGUGAACCCAGCACAAGUGUGUUGCUGCUCUGGAAGGGGCUGCCGAUGAGGGGAACUCAGAUCUUCCACUGCAAUAGGGGAUUCACACAGAGAAAAUGCUCAAGCAUGACAGCUUGUGUGAGGGUGCAAUGUUAUGUAAGUGGUCACAAAUCAGUGAAGGAAAAAGUAAUUAAUUAUUCAGGACCUGUUACAUUAAUGUUUUAUCACGUGUAUUAGGAAGCCUACGAUGUGAAUUGCGAGUGUUGUUAAAAUAAUGUUAAGAACUGCGUUUAAGAAAACUGACAACAAGCCAAUCCAAACGUGACAGCGGUGUCCAGGGCUGGGGACAUUCACCAGGGUCUCCUGGGCAAAACCUGAAGAGCUGAAAGACGGAUUUGGGGCAUUUCCUCCUCGGGAACACCAGGGGCAGCAUUUGCUGCGUAUGGAGCCACCGCCGGGACUUGCAGCGCUGCCCUGCAACCAGCUGCCUCUCGCCUGAAAGGGCCGUAUCAAACCACACAGCAAAUGAGAUGCUGCUUGGCAGAAAGUGCAUCCUAAACCUCUGGAGUUAAAAUACAAACAUCUUCGUUUCGAAA